AGCCGCAUCCCAAUCCUCAAUAUUUUUAUCGGAUUUAUGGGUUAUGAGCUGCGGACUGUGACCACAGGGAUUUCUACAAGCUGCUUAGAAUUCGGGGUACCAUGCAGCCGUACCGGGCACUGUGCACGGCACUGACGUUGUGGCUUGCCGUAUCGUUCAGCUCAGCGCAGAGCGGAGAUGAAGCCCUGGCUGAUUUAGGCUCUGGAUAUCUCCCAGGCACCCUUCAAGACCAGCCCAAGGAGCCCCAGUAUCACCCUCCGCUCACCAAUAAGUGUCAGAUGACCUUCGUGACCCCUCGCCAGGAGUCGUGCGCCGGGAGGGACAAUGGUCCGAACAUCAAGGAGGAGGUGCAGUACCUACAGAACCUUCUCCAGGACCACGACAGGGUUCUGCAGAGUUUAAAGUACACGGUGAACGUUGACGCUCAGGAUUUGGGCUACCAGGAGGUCAUUGCAGAACACAAUAAAGGAAUCCAAGAGGACAACAAGGAAUUUUACGGGACGCUGAAUAAAGUAAUACAGGAGCUUCACACGAGGAUGGACGAUGACGGCUCAGAGAUUCCAGACAAGAAGAAAAAAAUGCGGAAAAACUUUCUCAUGAUGGACCAACUGCUUGAGACCACUUUUCACCUGGCGGAGAAACUGGACAAGGCCUCACAAGACCUGGACCUCCUAAUGGAAAAACAGCUCGAAAGGUCAACCACCCUGGUCUACAGAAACAACCUCAAAUCAUGACCCCAACCUUCCCGACGGGCCGUCCAACACAACUGGAACAAGACGGCCGACUCACCUC